AUGUACAAAUUUGGUUUUGAUAAUUGUGAUAAAAUUGUUCAAUUAAGUGAAGAAGAAAUUCAUCGUAUUCCAUAUCUCUUAACAUUAAUAUCACAUAAAGAUGAUUUUUUGUCGAUUAAAAACGAUAAAAAUGAAUAUAUAUUACAUCAUCCGAUAUGUUAUAAUUUAUUAAUUCCAAUUUUAAAUUCAAUUAACAAUGAAAAUAGUUUCGAUGUCCUUCAAUUAUUUAAUUAUCUUUGUUUAAAUCAGUCCAUUUAUUUAAAUGAUCAAAAUCGAUUUUUUACUUAUUAUCGAGAAAAAAAUCUUUGUGAAGUUCGUAAUAAUGCUGCUCAACUGGUUCUUUCUCUAACUAAAAAUGCAUAUGAUUUAAAUGAUUUACAAACAAUUGAGUAUAUAUUCUUGGUAAUUACGAUAAUAUUUUCGCGUAAAAGCAUCUUUAAUUUACAAUUUUGUUAUCAUACCUAUAAAAUUCUCGAAAAAUGUGUUUUUCCAUUAUUUUUUAAAAAACAUCCAAUUUAUUUAUUAAAUGAUAUUAAAGAAGAUUGUAGAAUUGAUUCAAAUAUCUGUUUCUAUAAUGAUAAUCAAGGUUAUUAUGAAGUUAAGAUGAGCGAUAAUCAAAUAAAACAACGAUGUAUAUUGAUAGUUGCAAGAGGACGUGGGAAAUCUGAAUUACUCAGAGAAUUAUUUGGAGAUCCUAGAAAGAAAUAUUCUACAAAUACUUAUAAUCGUUCACAAAAUAUCAAAGAAACUGAACUUUUAUCGAAAGAAUCAACAUCGUUGACAAUGAAUUCGAAUUUAUAUUUAAAUGAAUCGCAAUCAGCUCGAUUGGGUUAUUAUAAUACACGACCUAAACAAGCACAAAUUGAUAAAUUUAAACAUAAAUAUAAAACAAAAGUUAACAAAUACCGAUAA